CCUACAUAUCAAGCAGACGCUUGGCUGGUCUGGAGGUGGGAACAACAAUAGCGGAGAAAUGCUAAGCCUGUAACGGGGAGAAAACGUCCAGCUGACGGCAGGCCAUCAGCUGUGAGACCGCUUGGAGUAAAACUUGCCCUCGAGGAAAAGUUCGCGGAAACUUUCCAAAUGAAAUCUUUGGACGCAGGAGGACAGUUUAAUGCUUUGAACUCAUUGAUGUGGACAGAAGAUGUCAAGACAUAGAAAUCUAAAGAUUUAGAAACCAACUUUGGACAGUAGGUGGCGAAACUAUUAAAGACUGUGCGGUGUACGCCGUGAGAGUAAAACUUACAAUCAAAUGAAGUUACACGCCCUCUAAAGCUUACCCAUGCAGUUGAGGAGACUUAACGUGUAGUUAUACCGUGGAGGUUCGAACUCCAGCGUGAUCUCAACGGUGUCAGCAUGCCGGCGAGGUCGCCUGCUGCUACCGUCUCGCCACCGGUCAACAAUGCCGUUGGAUGGAGCAAUUCUCUGGGGGACACUGGCCCAUCAAUCUCGGUCAUGCCAGAUCUGGAUCGAAUGAAAAUAGCCAAUGGAUUUUCAAAGAGAAGUGAUGUGUGUGAUCUCGAUUUUUCCCCUUUGCUGCAAGAGCAGCCAAAUACGGCGCCACCAAGCGGCCUGGAGCUACUCACAGGGGUUUCUGAGUGGUAUCGUCUGAGAUGCCAAAAUGGCAGCAACACGGCCGUGAGACCAACUGUCCGAGAGGGGAGGGUUGAGACGGAGACACAUUUGCCGGAAUUGGAGCUCUUUCGACGGCCAUGGUUAUCAACUAAACACGCUCAUCAGACGGUUCUCCUUACGGAGAAUAGUCACAGCUCAGCUUCUCAAAAACUGCCUACGAAUGGUGUUGCUUCCCCUACAGUUCAUGACAGAAACGAAACACAUACGCCACUUGAUCCAAAUGUCCACUCACCGCCUACUUCUCCAACUGAGCAACACCACAUGGUUGGCAAGGAUGAGUUGAAAGAGGGCGCCCUCUGUCCUUUACGGCACUUAUCCAGAUCUCGUUCCGUAAGUGGCAGUGAUGAGGAUUCAAGCUCAGAUAGUGUUGAAGUGGGUAACAAGAGAAAACAUGCAUGUACAGAAGAAAUAAUCCCGAACGUUCGACCAGACUGCUGGCAAGUUUCCAAACUACACAUAAGCGAUCCAUGCAGUCUGGUAGUCAGAAUUAAAAAGAACAACUUGCGGAUAAGCAACCAUCAUCUACACAAAACGAGCGGAGGUCCACGUGGAGGCAGUGACCAGAUCAAUGCAGAACACACUGAAAUCAAUCCCCAUGAAAGGGAUUACAAAUUUGAAGGGACAACCGAGUCCGAAAGAAACAAUCUUGACCAAACAGAUGCCGAGAACAAUCACCUUGAGGGAAAAACCAUCUUCUGUGCCAGCAAAUUAUCUGAAAUAAACCCAGACUCGUCCCCUUUUACCGCCAAUGCAACUUCAGAACAUCGAUGCAUGUCUGCAGAGCAGAGCAUCCGUCUAAAGGAAACCACGGGUGUGAGAUGCAGUGUGACUAAUCAUUCCACUUCCAGCAAUUUAGCCAAUAUGCCCACUGCGCAUCUGCCACUGCGCAAGAGGCAUAAGAGGUCUGCAGUCUCUCUCAAUCUCAUUGCAGACGAGACUUCAACAGUACGAGUCCACAUAGUGACGUCAGUGCCUCUUGUACAUCCGAAAACGCCACCAUGCGACAAACUAAGUGUCGAAUCAAAAUAUGAGAAUAGCUGUAGUCCAAAGGACGAGCACCAAGAGCUGGAGUCAGACAAUAUGGUUCAAACCCUCAGCACGAGCAACACCGAGUGCGCCCCCAACCAUGAAAAGUCACCGGGUUGUGGAGCCACAAUUGAUGAGAGAUCAACUGUCACGGCAUCCGAAAGUCCAAUAUCAGGAUCAUCUUCUGACUUGAGCGGGGAGACUAGCGAGCUAUCCCCAUUCACUGCUACCCCGAGCAGCGGGUCUCUUCGCACGACACCUGACCCGACAUGUAGUCUUGCGGAUCAGUCGCUUCUUUCUCCACAUACACAACACGCUGAGCUUGAGGUAGAUCGUCAUUCUGCUGCUCCAAUUUUGCCAAAUGACACUAGACAGCAAAAUGCCUCCUCCUUGAGCCACCGCUUGCCUGAAUCAUCACAAGUUGGUCACCAACAGAUGACGCGGAGCCUCUUCAACAUCCAAUCUCUUCUGCCUCAGACCUCUACCCAAAUGCACCCUCAAGCUACCGGUCCGUACCAACAGAUGCCAGUCCGUUUCCCGCCCUUUCCUCAUCAAAGAUUCCCAUGUGACCCCAGAUUACCUAUCGUACCACCACAGCUGACCCCAGCUUCCGGUCCUCUCCUCCACCAGCCACCCCAUUGCUUCCACGAUGCAAGCUACCGCGGAGGCCCCACUCAUCAGCUGCAUGCCUCAGCAGAAGGUCUUUAUCCAUCCUUACCCUACCACCUCCAAGAAUCACGCGAAGUUGAUCGGUUCCCCUCACCCCUCACCCGACCUCAAUACCCUUUUCUCCCCUACAUCCCACCAAGCUCAAUGCCUCCACCACCACAUCCCCUGCAGGUGAAAGACAUGCGUUUUCAUCACCCCACACCAGUUCCAACUCCUUACGUUCACUCUCGAUCUCCACCUAACUCCCACCCAUCUCCCUUCCCCCGAACUCAAUGCAUGCCACUUCUAGACAACUCAACAACAGCUCAGAGAUCAGCUCCAGCCGAGAUCAAUACAACUCAAAAUCCACAAAGCUCAGCAACGUCUCCUCCAACAAUUCAGCCUUCAACUACGCAUGCUCCAACGUCAUCAGCCACUCGCAGCCAAUCAAACGGUCACUACGCCCCAUUGAAGCGCGCCCCUGGUCGGUCGAGACAUAGCAAUCAUCUGUCGAGCGGGGUCACUGUGGGUGACGGGUCAUUCCUAUGCGAGGUGUGCAACAAGGUAUUUCCACUGCAGCGGCUCCUAAAUCGCCACAUGAAGUGUCACAGCGCCCUCAAGCGGUACAACUGUGCAUUCUGCAGUAAGGGGUUCAACGACACGUUUGAUCUGAAGCGACACGUUCGAACACAUACAGGUGUCCGGCCGUACAAGUGCGAACGUUGUAACAAGGCGUUCACCCAGCGUUGUUCACUCGAAUCCCACCUCUCUAAAGUCCAUCGUCUCCUGCAUGACUACCAGUACAAGCAGCGACGCUCCAAGGUCUUCGUCUGCGAAGAGUGUGGACGAACCACGGAGAAUGCCGAAGACCAUUACGAGCACAUCCGAGACGUCCACCCGAACAGUGUCGAGCUCUUGAAGUUCCAGGAGAAGAUACAGUUUCAGAAACUUCUUCGAAGAGACGGGACGGUAUCGCCUUCUUUUAGUGAGUCGGGAUCCGAUCCAAUGUCCGGACCGUCUUCUCCUGUGAGGGUGACAUCUUCUGUACCCGCGUCAUCGAGGCCUGGGGAUGAAGGUAAACGUGAUUGUGGGGAUGGGGUAGACACAUCAAUUACACUGUUAUAGUCAAAUGCUUAAUAGAAGACUUCAGAACGCUAGGUGGCAGUAUACUUAUAACAUACGCAUUGUGAUUACGAAGGAGCACUACAAAAUGGCAAAAUGUUGAGGGAUUUGAAAGCAGUGUGCCCCUUUAAUCCACCAUAUUAUACACUGGCAAACCUGUAGAAGUUUGAGAACGAUCGGCCAUCUGGGUCACGAGCAAACAGUGAUUUUGCGUGAAAUCGAUUUAAACAAAAACGAAUGAAACGCUCAUUGAGCGAUAAGCGUGAAAUAAGUUUAAUUUAUUUCUCAUCAAAGCAAUAAGACAUUUCAGACAGAAAUAUUUCAAGGGAUGUUUCGACUUUCAUCAUUACUAGACCGUGUUAGUUUUGAAAAUUUGUGUUCUUAGACGAGUUUUCUCGAACCAAUUUGGUAAUGUUCCUUUCAGUUGAACUUUGAACCUAGAAUUGUUGCUGGCUUUGACUAAACUUAACCUAGCCAUAAAAACAAUAUACUGUUGUUUAAUUUCGCAAACGAAGCUGUGGAGGGAAAUAAAAGCUCCGUCUAGUAUGUUAUGUUAUAAACGAACUCAACUCGAAAUGAUGUUUUAAACUUGUUCUGUAAUACACUGUGUAUUUUGCCAAUUUUACAAUCUUGAAAUAAUUGAAAUAAUUUCUCACAUAUGUUUUUUGGCUAUGAAAUAUUUAUUUUUUAACAAUAAGAAGAAAACAAAACACAAUGCAGUGAUCAAGAUGAUUUCGCAUGCAACUAAUGUUCCUUCCGUCCGUCCAGGGACAUGUUUUUUUUUGUAAUCAGUACUAGAUGUUGCUAGGUAUUUCACCUAAUUUUUUUUUUAUUAUAAACAUAUUAUUUCACUAAUCCGUCCAAGUGAUGACAUUACCAGAACGAUACUAGGGUCCUUUUCGAAACCACGGCUUUGGACUUGGCUUCAGGCUCCGUCCUAUCGUCUAAAGCCCCGAGUACAUACGCAAAGCACGCGGGGCCAAGCUAGCCUGAUCCAAAUAUGGGGCCUAAGACGUGGUUUCGAAAAUUGGCCAUAGUACUAUAAUCAAAUCGUAGUCUACACUCAAAACAGUUUUCCGUCCUUAACUGGUUUCCAAAGAGCCAAACCAUAAACUAUUAAACCGUACGCCAAAUAUUUAUUAAAUCUAUAUAUAAAUGUAUAUAUGUACAAGUACUGAAGCGAAUGAGAUCAGGGCACCAGUCAUCUUUUUAAUGGCUUGUAAUUGGCAGCUAAAGCUCGGCUACGGCUACGUCCCAUACUUCAACGCACGACGAUGACGCGGAAAUCUAGCCGUAGCUGUGACCGCUAAUUUGGACAAGGCCUUUAUAUACACUUAUUUUGCGUCUAUGGACCGUUAUCAUGCUGUCUCCAUUUUUGUCAUGUGUCUGUAUCGAAUAACAACGAUGAAUGCUAGUAAUCGUUAAACAAAAGGAACCAGACUGUUUUGUUUAUCUAUCCUCUGUUUUAGUUACAUUGUUAUCAAUUGGGGGGGGGGGGUCGGAGAUGGCUGCACCAUAACAAAUUUCUAUUAUGGCCUUGCACACGAAGCAACUUUUGCAUGCAACUUGGAGCUCCGGCUUUAGUGCAUCACAUUACCAAUUUGGUAGAACAUGAGUGAUUUGAUAACCAAUGUCUUACGAUCCCAAGACGAAUACACGAAGAUCCAAAAUGUGAAUGAAUGUUCUUCUUGGAGAUUGCAUGGAACUGGUUGCUUGUAAAAGUUUAAUCGUUGUACCAUGGUUAUACCGCCACGAAUUGCAUACAUAGGCAUUUACCUAGAUGAGAACAGUGUUGUUGUUGCAACUCUCGUUGUGUGAAGCCUUAGUGUAAACAGCGCCACCUGUCGACGCUAUGUCAAAUCAAAUACAAAACAUUAAGUGUGUUUAUUGUUCUCACUUCACAACAUUUUAAUUGUAUAUUAUUAUAAGAACUCAGGGGUGCUGCAAUACAACUGACAUGGGAGCUUAAUCUUUGUUAUACCACAGUAAAUUGAAAGAUUGUAAUUUGGCAUUGGUUGAAAUACGUCAAGUUUCCCUGCUCAACUCGUGAAAUAAGCAGGGCUAAGACUUUGGGUCCCUUUCGUCUAAUUUUUACUGUGCCAAUUGUUGAUUUUGAUCUGAAGAUGGCAACAGAUCACUUCAAAAGAAGAUGAAUCUAUGUUAAUUACCAUGGUAUAACAAAACAAUUAAAGGGAAGGUACACGUUUGGUAAUUGUCAAAGACCAGUCUUCUCAC